AUGGAAUAUGAAAUAGAACAGAAAAUUCCAUCUGAUAUCCUCGACGAUCUCUGCUGGGGAUUUAUCAAUCUACUUGAAGAGCAGAAAAAUGAUUUGAUGCGAAUUUGCUCUAAAAUCGAAAAAGCAUAUUGGUUUUAUCUUGACUUUUACUGCACAGACCCAUAUCUGAAGCUGAGAAAGUGUAGCAUGGGGGAAUUUGCCACUCAUAUAUUCCAACAUUUAUCAUAUUUAGAAAAGCAUGUACCGCAAAUUAAUGCUCUGCUUCAGCAAUGGGAAUGGCACAAACAAAAUUUACCUACGUUUGGAGCAAUUAUUUUGGAUGAAGUUAAGACGAAGGUGCUUCUGGUGCAAAACUACGGGGGAAACAAUAAUUGGGGUUUUCCUAAAGGAAAAAUAGAUUAUGAUGAGGAGCCACAUGAGUGUGCUAUUCGAGAAGUAUGGGAAGAGACUGGUUUUGAUAUAACUAAUAUGAUAGAUCCAAACGACUACAUAGAAUCUACAAUAAAAGGAAAAAUUGUGAGAUUAUAUGUUAUUUGGGGUGUGCGAACUAGUACAUUAUUUCAACCACGAACGCAGCAAGAGAUAAUGAAUGUUGACUGGUUCGCUAUAGAGGAUUUACCCGUCUCGAUAUGUGACUGGACCUCUUUUUUGAAAAUGGGCAUUAGUGGAUAUAAAUUUUCCAUGGUGACACCGUUCGUCGAGCGAAUAAAGCAAUGGAUUGAAGAUAGAUUUCCAAGUUCAGGAGGAGUUCCAUCGUAUUCAGAUAUCAAUAAUAAUAUCUCGAGAGAUAUUUGGGACUUUAUCUGUUCGAUUUUCGGUCUUCGUGUCCAGUGA